UCAAUGUGUUUCUGACUUUCCGUCUGACUUAGAAAAUAUAAAAAAUUCCGUUCAUACAAAAUUUUGCUUGCAUGUUGCAUUGAAUCCACCGAUGGAAUAUGUGCCACCGCAUCAAGCAGGACUACAGUGGCAACAGCUACCUGGGCCUCCACUUGGGCACCCAACUCUUCCGCGCCCUGAUCCUCGACUCCAAACUGAACGUUACCUAUGUGGCACAGAUCCGCUAUGACGUUGAUCUCCCAGAGUACAAGACAACGAAUGGAAUUCUAACAGAUGGCGGUCCUGGCGAGUUCCUGGCCAAUCCGGUGAUGUGGGUAAAGGCACUGGACAUGCUGAUGGACUGUCUGGUGAAGCAGGGAGCGGAUAUGCACUCGGUGGUCUCGAUUGCCGGAGCGGCUCAGCAGCAUGGCUGCGUCUUCUGGUCGGACUUGGGCCUGCGGCGUUUGUGCAACUUGAAUAUCAACCUGCGGCUGCACGAGCAGAUCACGGAGAGCGCCUUCGAACUGACCAGGACGCCCACUUGGAUGGAUAGCUCAACGGACGUGCAGGUACGCGAAAUGGAGCACACCGUCGGGGGUCCCGCUGAACUGUCGAAAAUAACGGGCUCCAGGGCGUAUACGAGAUUCACGGGUCCCCAGAUACGGAAAGUGUAUACCCAAUGCCCGGAGCAGUACAAGAGAACCUCAAGGAUUUCGCUGAUCAGCAGCUUUUUGGCAUCCCUCCUUAUCGGAGGCAUUGCCUCCAUAGACUACACCGAUGGCUCAGGAAUGAAUCUGCUCGACAUCCGGAAAAAGAAUUGGUCUCCGGCCUGCCUAGACGCCUGUGCUCCCGACCUUGCCCGGCGCUUGAUGAAGCCCAUUCCCUCGUCCCGGCUGCAAGGACGCGUCGCGGACUACUACGUGAAGCGCUGGAACUUCAGGCCGGACUGCAUGGUGGUGGCUUCCGCCGGGAGCAAAGCCUCGGAGCUGGCAGGGCUUCUGGUGGAGAAUGACUUCCUCAUGAUAUCUCUGGAUACCAGUGAUGUGGUGGUGAUGCCCCUGAAGAAAGCUCCGCGACUGGAGGACGGACAUGUGUUGUGCCAUCCGACAAGAAGGAACGAGUACAUGGGUCUCCUGUGCUUCCAAAACGGAGAAUUGACACGAAAAGCCAUCUGUGAGGAUGUGGCGGGCGGCAGUUGGCGGCACUUCUACGAAAUGCUUGAUGCCACGCCGCCGGGCAACAAUGGCAAUGUGGCUGUGCACUUCCGGGACCGCGAGAUUAUACCCAUUGCCCAGGGCACUCUACGCUGGGAUGCGCACAUAAACCCGAUGGCGGCGGAGAGCCUACGCGGCCGACACCGCUUCUCCACACCGGAGAUUGAGGUUCGGGCUCUAAUCGAGGGUCAGAUCAUGCACCACUGGGCCAUUGCCCACGAGAUGGGCUUUCACCACACGCCGGACACAAAGAUCAUCGUGGUGGGAGAGGACUCCCGGUGCCAAAGUGUCCUGCAGAUAGUGGCGGACAUCUUCAAUGCUCCUGUUUACCAGCGCACCGGUGUCGAGGUCAGCCUUUUGGGAUGCGCCUUUCGUGCCCGGUACGCCUUUUACGAGCACCGGGAGUCCUCCUGCAACUGCCAGUCCUGCAGGAUGCCCAGUAGACGUAGGAAGCGCCUUAGCUACGACGAGUUCUUCAGGAACGUGCCUUCCGGCCUAAAACUGGCUGCGGAGCCAAGACCGGGCUGCGAUAAGAUCUACACGCCCCUGAUCGCACGAUGCUCCCAAAUUUGCCAGCUGCUGGCAGCCAAGUCCAGCGUGUAUUUUUUCCGCCCAAAUUGAUACGUUUCCAUGAG